AUGUGCGACACACAGGCGAGCGUUGGCAGCGGCGGCGGCAGGAGCAGCAGCACCCCUGACCGACUCUUUCAAAUCUUCAUCGCCACUCUGUCCCCCGACAAGGCCACGCGGCAAUCCGCCGAGGACGCGCUUGCUCAGUUGGCCGAUGAGGACCCACACUUCGUUCUUCACCUCUUGGAGCUCGCCUGCCACUCCCCUACGGUGUGCGCGCAUACGCUUGGAACAGCGCUGCCGGCGACGGCGAGCGCGCUUCUGGCGAGCGCCAUUCGGUUUCGCAAUGAAAUUGGCCGCAGCGACUGGAAUCGAAACCCGCGCUGCUCCGAUGAGGUGAGGCAGCGUGUGCGCGACCACGUCGUGUCGAUGCAGUGCCAGCCCCACGUGUCGGAGGCGGUGCGGCGCCAGCUACUGGCGGCGACGAUUGAGGUGGUGAAUGCCGACUACCCUGAGCGGUGGCCCGAUCUGCUGCCGCAGCUGACGGGGCUCGUGGGUCAGAGCAUGACGGCGCUGUGUGGGCUCUUUGACUGCAACACGAGCAGCUGCCAGGAAAUCGACGGAGACGUCAUACACAUGAUGCUGCUGCAGCUGAAGGGCUCCCUGGGUGUACUGCGGGGGUGCUGUAAGAUCUACGCGGACCCGUUGAGGGUGGACGCCGACGCGGCGGACGGCUUCGCUGGCCACCUUGCUCCGUUGCUCGUGUCUCUGAUGGAGCUGCUGUCGGGGCGGUGGCAGGAGGAGUUGACGACGCUAGCGGGCCACGGUGCCGCAACGGCGACCUCUAGCCCUUCCUUGACUGUGCCGUUUCGCUUCUCGGCGGAGCUGGAGGAGCUGGCGCACUGCAUGCGACUCUCCCUAAAGUGCGUCUUUUCCCUAUUUGAGAGCCGCUGGCCCGCGUGCUUGUGCGAGGUGUCGGCCCUCGACCACCUCUACGCCUCCUGCGUGGUGACGCCGAUUCAAACUUUCCAGCAGGUGGUUUUGCCGCUCUGCCGGGAAAGGCUGGUGCACGCGCUGCACCACCCGGCCGAAACAGGCAUGACGGUGACGCAGCUUCACGGUGAUCACUUCUCCGACUUCCAGCAGUCCGCAAUGUUUACACUACUCAAGUGGGUCAUGAACAUCGCCUACAAGCUCACUCAGGAGUUCGCGUCGCCGAAGAGCUGCGAGCGACGCUGCCGCACUGCGGCGAAGCACUUCACCGCCCAGUACCUCCAGCCCACCGUCGAGACCGCCCUGGCGCUUGUGCGGUGGCACGCCGGCCCACCGCUCGCCCUAACUUCCAAAGCUUACAUCCUCGCACUCGAGGUGCUGACGCUCGCAGUCCAACACAAGGCUGUAUACGCGAGCGUACUGCACCCCAGUGCCGAGGAGCUCAUGACGGUGCUUCUCUUCCCCCGCCUCGCCUUCACGGCCGAGGACGAGGAGCUGUGGUCCGACAACCCGGAGGAGUACGUGCGCAAGCAAGCGAGCCCCGCCGGUGACAUCUACAGCGCCAAGGUGGUGUCGACGAGCCUCCUCAUGUCCCUUGCGGCCGGCACGAAGAAGUUCCACGACAAGAGCCUCUUCCUCUCCCUCAUGAACUUCUUGCUGAACCAGCUGCAGGCCUACGUCGGUGCGGCUGCGCAGGCGACGAGCGAUGACGCCCACUUCUGCACCCCCGCCAUGGAGGCGGCGCGCCGUGUCGAUGCCGCACUCUACUGCUUCUACCACUUCAAGAAGAUCCUGCUAGCCAUGCACUUUGGUGACGACAAGCUCGAGUACGUCCUGUCGACUUUCACGGUGCCAGUGACGCAGUAUUCGCUGGGAUUCCUGCGCGCACGCGCGGUGCUGGUUCUCAGCACCUUUGCACCGUCGCUCGAGUGGAGCAGUCCGCUGGCGUACCAGCAGGCCCUUCAGCCAGUGCUGUGUCUGCUUAACGACAGCGAGGCGCCGGUGCGUGUGCAGGCCUGCGUGUGCUUUUCCCGCCUCGUCUGUCAUCCCUUCGCGCGCGACGUCAUCAACCCCUGCAUUGCCGAGCUCAUCCAGCACUACUUUAACGUGAUGCGGAUGAUGGACAACGAGGCGGUGGUGCGCACGCUUCGCAAAACAAUCUCGUUCUACAAGAACACGCUGUCGCAAUGGGCACUGGAGCUGACGGAGAUGCUGGUGAACCACUUUGCCGUCGUGCUGGAGCGUGUGACGGCCAAGUACAACGCGCUGGAGUCGAUGACGUCGUCAACGGCGCAGACGACGGGUGGAGGUGAAAAAGAUGAGCUGUUCCUCGACAAUGACGGCUUUGCCGAUGUGCUGAUGGCCGCCGACGAGCUUCUGGAGACUCUCACCACGCUCGUUCAAGCGCUUCCGGAGAGCACGGCUACCGUGGCGGCACGGCACGCUGCCGCUGACUUACUCGCAAAGGUAUCUGGUGCAUCGUCCUCGUCUUCGUCAUCUGCGGCGGCCCCGUGCCCGUCAGCGGAGGCGCUCCAGCAGGACAUCUUCGUGCAGAUCCAGCUGCGCGUUGCCCCGAUGCUAUUUGUGAUCCUCGGCCACCAAGGCGGCAGCUCCUACGGUUUCAUGGACCCUGCCCUGUCGCUCCUCACCACCCUCAUCGCGCGCAGCCCAGCCAUCGCGUCGCCCAUGUGGAAGGUACUGUGGUGCCUCUACCAGCUGAUCAUCCGUGGCGGCGCUGCCGACUACAUCCAGCAGUUGCUUCCCCCGAUCGACAACUUCGUCUCUGUCGAGCCGGUCUCUUUUCUGUACGGCACAGUGACGGAGCUGACGCGCGAGCCGCUGCCGGCAGCCGUGCCGGCGGAGGAGGCGGCCAAAACGCCGGCGCAGCUGGUCUUGGCCAUGUGCGAGGCGGUGCUGGCGAGCACGUCGCUGCGGGAGCGCGAAGUGGCCGCAGUGCCGAAAGUGUUGGACGUGCUUGUGCAGUGCAGUUGGGCAGCCUCGGCAGCGUCGGCAUCGACCGCAGCGUUCACGGAGGCGGCACAUGCCUUGGUGCAGUACGUGACGCAGCUGUCCUUGAAGACCGCCGGCACACGACCACAGCAGAGCGCGACGUUUCGCGUGUUGCUCGCCAACAACAUCUUCUCCUGCCUUAUCGCUGAUGCGCCUGCUGCCGUGGCGGUACUGCAUGGGCUGCAGGUGACACGCCCGUUUCUGGAGCAGUACGUGUCGCUGCUGGCGCGGAGCGUGUUGAUUGAGCAUAGCGAGGAGGCCAUGCUGGGCCUAAUGCGCAGCUAUGACCGCAGCCUCUUCGUGUACGCCAUGGUUUCGUGUCUGCGUGCGCUUGCGGUGAACAUGAUUGGCGCCGGUGCGGCAGAGCUGCAGUCUGGCCUGGAGGGUGUCGUACAGUGUGGUGUGCUGCAGCAGCUGGCUGAGGUGGAGACGACCAACGGCGCAGCGGAGCUGCGCGUUCAUCAGAGACGCAUUGCAAAGCUGUCGGGCAAGCCGGCGCCGACCACACAUGCCAGCGAAGGCGCCGCCGCGGAGGAGGGGGACGACGAGGAGGAGGAGUGGGACAGCGAGGCCAGCAGCGAAGAGGACGACGACGACGGUGACGCUGACGACGGCGACGAUGACGACGACGAGUGGGGUGAGGUUGAUGUCGACAGCGACAGCACUGAAGGCUUUCUGGGUGGCGAGGACGCCGGCCAUGGACCGAGUCGGGACGUCCACUUCCAGGGUAUGCUGCGCCAGGCUCAGGCGCUUCGUGAGACACCGCAGGAGAGGCACCGUAAAAAGACCGCCGGCGACGCCGACGACGCCGACCUGGAUGACUUUGAGGAGGAGAACCUGCUCGACGACGAGGACUUCUCGAGUCCAGUCGACGGUAUCAACGCAUGGGCAGCCCUGGUCUCGGAGGUGGAGCGGGCCGACGUGGCGGCGGGGGGCAGUGCCUCUGUGGUGGCGCUGCUGCGCAGCGCCGCUGGUGAGGCGCAGGCUAGUGCUAUCAUCCGCGCACGUGACCUCACAUGUGAGCUUCAGGUGGCCCGGCAAACCCAUCGCGCACUCCUCGAUCAAGUGAAGCACUGA